UCCUACCGUACCGUACCUGGUACCGUAUCCUACAUUCCGUUGUUUCAGUUUGAAUUUCGAAAUCUACGAAUCGAUGACAACGACAACAUCAGCCGGAUUGUCUCCCAUCGGCGCACUGCUCGGACUGGAUGCACAAUACACACGGCAAUACAUUAUUUAUCGAGUAGAACUGCGAGAGAGAAAAAUGAGGUUUUGUUGCUUAUUACGGGUGCUGAACCUGUUGGCUAUGAUUGCAGUGGCCUGCGCUUGGACCGAGCGAAUACGUGGUUCCCUCCGUCCACAUCGGUCGAACCCCCGAUCCGGAUCGGAGCUCGCGGGAUCGAAAGCGGUCGUCGACGAACCGUAUUUGUUCAAUGGGACGGUCUCCAUUCUAGAUCGUGGGCCCAACCACCUCGUCGUCAGCAAGCCGCCGUCGGUCCUUUGCCACCGGAGCGAUUGGAGCGGAAGCGGCAAAAAACGAAGCGCCAAGCAGCGGGGACCGCCCGAGGUCCCGAUGCUCCAACGAGCCCGCGAGGCCGUCGGAGAACGCGUCAAUCUCGUCCAUCGCUUGGACCGCGGAGCCAGCGGGUGCCUCUUGAUGAGUUUUGCCGGGUCGGACGAGAACGGAGGAAACGCGACCGCUGUUUUACAAGAAAGCAUGACCCGAACGUCCUCCUCGCACAAGACCUAUCUUGCUCUGGUGCGGGGAGAAGGCAUACUCAAGGGAAGGGAUUUCCGACAAGAGGGAUGGUUCGAGGUUUCUCGACCGAUCAAGAACGAAGCAGGUACCCUUAAAAACGCAACAAGCUAUUUUCGAUUCAUUGCCGGUCAGGGGAACGAAAACGGUGCCCUGGAGGAUGUGCCAAGAGCGAGCCUUGUCCUGGCCAGAAUCAAGACCGGUCGUUGGCACCAGAUUCGGAAACACCUAAACGGACUCUCGCACCCAAUAAUCGGUGAUUCGACACACGGAAACUCAAAAACGAAUCGAGAAUGGAGACAAAAAUGGGGAUUGGAACCGGAACGCACUUGCCUUCACCUAUUAAAAUUAGAACUCCCGGCCACCCCGUUCACACCAAACGGCAUCUCUGUUGUUGAUGCACUUCCGCCCGACAUGACAAACAUGUUGCGGGAUCACUUUCCACCAGAGUUCUUGGAAACUGCAGAAACUGUUUUGAACGAAGAAGGCCUAACGUUGCGCAUCGAUAAACGUCCGGAUAUUGUGCCAGUCAGCUUCACGAUAAGCUGAAUCAGGAAGGCGACGAACCACAUUAACAAAAACGCCACAUCGGACCAAUUCCUUUCUUCACAUUGCAAACUACCUCUUGUUCACGCAGCUUUUGAGGUUCGAGAAAUUCCAACGCAUGCGAUGAGCGAAAUGAGAAUAAAUUCAAGCAGUGACACUCAUCUCAAGAGUCAGCCAAACAAAGAAUACUGUUGCCAAGAAAUAUUCGUGUGAUCCCGACAMGAAAAAGAAUACACUGAAAUAUAGAGAUGCUCUCAGAAUCCAGUAUUGCUCGACGAUCACCUCGCCUCUUUCGUAAUCUUCUUUUAUCAUCUCUCGCUGCCUCUCUUUCAUCUGUGCUUGCAUCUCGGUGUUUCGACGAACCAAAUCAUGUAUGUAGUGCCUCGCACGCUCGAGGUCUCUCGCGCCCGCUUCAUUUGCAUCUUCUAAGAGUUUUAAUUUUUCAACAAGAAACACGUUCCGGGAUUCGGCAUCUUCCAAACGAUCGGUUAGGCACAUUUUGUUUCCCGGGACCACCAACGUAUCUAUUAUUGUCACCUCGUCUGGAAUUGGGCUUUUUUUCAUCAGCAAGCUUUUUAGUGCAUGCACUCGGGUUGCCCCGUUUUUUACUAGACUGUAGUCAUUUCCAUCCAUUGCAUCCCAACUCAGACUGUUUUGCAAUCGUCCAUUCGGAGAAACGUUCAUCGUAUCUCGAGACCUGAAUACCGGUCCCCCCCCACGGUUCUCCCCAUUCGAACCACGAA